AUGGGUAACUCGAGCAGCGCAAACAAAAUCUCUGCCCAGGAUAAGGCGAUCCUGGAUAUGAAGAACCAGCGCGAUAAGCUGCGACAGUACCAGAAGCGAAUCACUGUCCUCACCGACCGCGAGAAGGAGAUUGCGAAGGAAUGUUUAGCCAAGGGCGAUACAGGCAAGGCAAAGCUAGCGCUGAGGAGGAAGAAGUACCAGGAGGGUCUCUUAUCCAAGACCGAUGCCCAACUAGCGCAGCUGGAGAUGCUCACCAGCGACGUCGAGUUCGCCCUGGUGCAGAAGGAUGUCUUGUUCGGGCUGCAGCAGGGAACGGCAGUUCUCAAAGAGAUCCACAAGGAAAUGGGCGGCAUCGAGAACGUAGAGAAGCUGCUGGGGGAGAACGAGGAGGCUCGUGCUUAUCAGGAGGAAAUCAGCGAGCUCCUCGCGAACAAGAUGUCCAACCAAGACGAAGACGAAGUCGAAGACGAGCUCGAUGCUCUCGAAGCAGAAGUCAAUGGCACCGUUCCUGCGUUACCCGACGCGCCUGUCGCACAGCCACAGUUCACACCCGAAGAGAAGGCGCAAAUGGCCAAGGACAGAGCGGCGAGACGGGCGAAGGAAAGGGCUGCCGAGCAGGCAUCGCAGCCCAUCGUGGCGUUGGGGUGUUUUGCUGGCAUGCAUUCUCGCCUUGUCUUCAUCGAAGCUCCAAGCUACCCCGCCAUCCACCCCACCACUUGCAGCCCUACCGCGCAAACACACCCAACAUUGCCCACAAACAUGUCGCACUCACACUGCCACGACGAGCAUCACGACCACUCCCACGCUGACGGCCACGACCACAGCGACGACAUCACCCCAGCCCUCCAGAACAUCCUCUACGAACAACUCGACUUCCCCAAGCUCGUCACGCUCAACGAAGAUGAAUCCAACAGCGGUCGCGCAAUCUGCCAGAAGACAUGGGCCCAGCGCCUCGACCCCGAGCCCGAGCUCAAGAGCAGCGCCGAUGAACAGAUGCUCAUGACGGUACCUUUUACAGGCCAAGUGCGACUGCAUUCCAUCAUCCUACGAACGAGCCCUGGCCCCGACUGUCCCAAGACCCUCAAAGUCUUCGUCAACCAAGAUUCGCUCGAUUUUGAAACCGCGGCCGAGAAGGAGCCCACACAGGUACUGGACAUCAGUCAGACGAGCGAGGUGCAAGAGAUACCCGUCAAGAGGGCCAAAUUCGGCACAACACGCAGUCUGAGCUUAUUUUUCGAGGACAACUGGAGUAACGGCGAAGAGGAUGAGACGAGACUGAGCUAUCUGGCCUUCAAGGGCGACUUUAUGAAGCUGAACAAGGAGGCUGUGUCUGUCAUGUACGAGGCCGCUGCGAAUCCCAAUGAUCAUAAGAAUAUUGUGGGAAUCGGACAGGAUGUAGGACGGAGCAUACAGUAA